CUUGGGGUCGAUAAACUAGUUCUUUAUGUCUUGUGGUAUAGGUGUUAGCGUAUUGUUUUAAUGUGUUGGUUAUUAAAUGGCGGAAUCGAGUGCGAUGCUUUGUGACUAUGAUUCUUCAUUGGUUAGUACAAUUUUUACCAUUAAGCUUUAUAAUCGUUGUCCUAACAGCAGUCUUCGGAUGAUGGGAGUGUUGAAGAGACACGAAGGAGUUCAAAGAGCCCUUUGAUAUCCCAGGAGGAAACUAAGAAUGCUGCUACAGUUAAAGAUGGGGUUCAACUCACUAUCGAAACAAAAAAGAACUCUAUGGUUGUAUCUCCAUCACCUAGCUACAUUAUUGAUGGUAAACGUCGAUCGAGGAGUCGUGAACAUAGUCCUUCAAGGCGACACCGCAAACGAAGUUGUGCGCCCAGAUCUGAUCGCGGAAGUCCAAAUGAACGUGUGAGCUCUUCAAAACACAAACGUUCAUCCCACCAUUCGAGGCACAAACAUUCAUCCCGAAAGCAUCAUCACCGUGAUUCCCACUGUAGUGACUAUAAACAUCGUUAUCGCCGAAAGCAUCGACGUCACAGUUCAACUUCAUCUACCAGUUCAUCUAGUGAUACUAGCCCUGAAAGCAAACCUAGUCGUCGUGGAAGUCAUAAUGGUAGAAAUCCAACACAACUCCUCACAACAAGUUCCAAGGAUUAUUUCACUUCGCAACCGAAGCCAGAAAACCAGAACACUAACCUCAUUAUCUCAACGACGGGAGUCACCGUGACGACAAAUUCUCCGGCAGUUUCUAGUCAAAGUACUACGACGAAUGUUCCUGUGCAGCGGUUAACAGCACAAGAUAUAUUAGACAAAAUACAAAAGCAUCAACAAGAGCAAGCCAAGGCUCAAGCAUUAGCCGCUGCCGCCGCCGCGAAGCUCCCGAAAUACUACAACCCAACCACUGUCAACGCCGUUAAACUCGCGGAGCAACAACAAAAGCGCAAACUAUUGUGGUCCAAAAAAGAUGGUGAAAACACUAGUUCUGAAAGUAAAACUCUUUGGACAGCCACAUCUCUAAUUGCUGGAAAAGGUGAUUCUGCAGCUGCAGCUAAAUUUCGGAAAUUGAUGGGAAUUCAUGAUUCUUCUGAAGAAGUCGUGGACGGAAGUGCUGCUCAUGUCAAUGAAACUGAAGCUUUGCGUCGAGCUGAAGCGCAAGCUGAACUUUUCCGGCGACUUGAACACGAAUAUGAGAUGUCUCGUACCAUAACACAUACUCAGCGAGGCGCCGGUCUUGGUUUCAGUUCAUCCAGCCAUAUCGAUUACAAUGCAUAUUCUGCUAUGCAAAGUGAAAAAGACAAAAACCCUAAUUUAUAAUUGUAUUUAUCUCACUAGAAAUCACUUGUACAGCUCACCGAUAUUUUAAAGAAUAAUUUACCUAAUUAUUUUCAAACAGUUCAGUCAUUUUUACUUAUCGUAAAUAACCAACGAUCAAAACUAAAUGUAUGAGGCUGAUGAAGAAAACUAAACCUUAUGUAGGUACUUUGUUAAAUGAUGUCAUAUACGCAAACUUAGUGUAUCACUGCAUAUAUUCCAGACAACUUAAAAGUAAUAUGGUUAAGAAGACUAAAUUGACUGAGUGUUAAAGAAUCAUUGCGGAAUAUAGCGCGGAUAUCUUAUCAAUUCAGACGUGAGACAGUAGCUGGACUGCUAAAGUAUCCAUACUUUCACCUGCUAGCUUGAAGGUUCCGACAAUGCAUUUAAAACUAAACAGCACGGUGGUACCAUUAAUUCUCACAGAUAUGUCAAUUAUGCUGAACAUUUAUCCAUAGAAGUAUUUAAUUUAUUUCCAUUCUUUUUUAGGUUUCAAAUAAUUUCGUAAAGAAGUGGGUCCAUAAAAACACCUUACUAUUAAAGCAUUGGAAUUUCUUAAUUAAAAGGUUCUCAUG